AUGACGGCACGCGGCAAGGAGCGGCUCGUGUUCCAUGACUUUACUUACUACAAGCAGAGCCGCACCAAAAGCGGCUUUCGAUGGGGUUGCACGAAAAACCGGUGGCACAAGUGCAAGGCCUACCUCCACCUGGCCGACGACCUGACUAUCGUCAGGACUAACUUUAUCUACACGACGAGGGGCCAGAAACUUCUGAUGUACGACAAGUUCACGUUCUUCAGAAGCGGCUGGGUCAGGAACGGCGGCUCGAGGUACUCUUGUUCUCACUCAGUGACCAAGCGAUGCAAAGCCCACAUCCACGUGCACAAGGACUGCGUCAUUCUCAUGACGCAGUCCUUACCGUACACAACCACGACCCUGACAACCAUGUUUAUCCACACGACCAGGGGACAGAAGCUCCUGAUGUACGGCAAAUACUCUUUCUAUAGGAGCGGCCCGAUAAGGAAUGGAGGCUCGAGGUACUCGUGCUCCCGCUUGAGCAGCCAGCAGUGCAAAGCCCACAUCCACUUGAGCAAGGAUGAUGACAUACUGAUGGUGCAAGCCGCACACAAUCACGAUCCCGACACCUACUUGAAAACCAAAGCGGGACUCUACUUAAAAGUUUAUCUUAAUAAAGAGCCGAAGCGAAUCGUU